UGAACUGCGCAUGCGGUCGAGUAACCUAACCUUACUGUCUUGUCAUUCUUGUCUAAUAAACAUGCUUAUCAAUAUAUCAAUUUAGAAACGUGUAAUUUCACGCCAUUAUUAGACAUGAAUUAACACACGUCGAUUAAGUUUCCUGGAAAUCUGCUAUUUCAGAGAAAUAGCAUUUCGCCACGUAAUUUAUUUCCGAGCGUCUCGACCAACGGGCCAUCACACAUGAGAGCUGGAUCGUGUGGGGAUCACUUUUAUUUUGGAAUAAUUCGCUCAAAGGCAAGAUGAUAAAGGACGAAGGACAGAAGGAGGGAACGAGCUUGCGGAAUGUCCUCGUUACCUCGCUUAUCGCAGGAGGUGCAGCAGGGACGUUCGUGGACAUUGCGUUGUUUCCGCUGGACACGCUGAAGACUCGACUGCAGAGUGCUCAAGGAUUUUUAAAGACGGGAGGCUUCACAGGUCUUUAUAAAGGGAUCUGUCCAGUCAUAGUUGGAUCCGCACCAACAGCUGCGCUGUUUUUUCUAACAUAUGAAGAAAUCAAGACUGUAAUGCAACCUAGGAUUUCCGCGGAUUAUUAUACUCCACUUCACAUGGGAGCAGCAGCAAUGGGAGAAAUGGUAGCAUGUUUAAUACGAGUUCCAGUGGAAGUUACGAAACAGAGGAGACAGGCACUGAUAUAUGAUAAAAAGUUGCUUGAUCUUAAAUUGUUGUAUCGUGGAUAUUGGAGCACGGUGUUACGAGACACGCCGUUUAGCAUUGUACAGUUUCCAUUGUGGGAAUACUUAAAAAAGACCUAUAGUUUAUAUGCUGAAAGAGAAAUAUAUCCUGUGGAAAGUGCAAUCUGUGGUGCAAUUGCAGGAGGCGUCUCUGCGGCUGUUACCACUCCGUUAGACGUUGCAAAAACGAGAAUAAUGCUGGCAAAUAGAACAUCGCUUUCAUCAGAAUUAAAAAUGUUUAAUGUACUUCAUGGAGUAUAUUUACAGAACGGUUUUUACGGACUGUUUGCUGGUUUUGGGCCAAGAGUAAUGUGGAUUACAUUAGGAGGUUUUAUUUUCUUUGGAGUUUACGAAGAAGCAAAAGCACUUACGCAUACGAUAUUUCCAAUGCUAAAAUAAAAAUAUAAUUGUGCCUAUCCUUA